AUGGCGGCUACAAGCACGUUUCAAAAAAUUAUAUAAAUUUAUAAAUACCCUUUCAUUCUUCUAACUCAGAUCUUCAUCUUUUCCAUUUCAUGUGCUAUAUUUUGAAGGUGGCGAACCAGGGUGGCGGAGAUGGAGACGGCGACCGAGAUGAGCUCGAGGGGAUGUUCUCCUCGUCUGCCGGGGAAUUAAUGGCUAUGGUUUCGGCUUUGACUCAUGUCAUUUCUGGCGGCUCUGCUGCUCCGGCGACGGUGCGGACGGCAGUGGGAGCGCCUGCGACGGGUUGUAGAAAAAGAGAGAGGGAAGAAGGAGGAGAAAGUGGAAUGAUUGUGGACUCCACAGCAAUGCAGAGUUUUUCCAUGCCCUCCCCUGCAAUUUUUCUAAGAGAAGAAGGAGGUUCAAGUUCAAGUAACACCAUCUCCGUCGUGACGGCGGCAACAACGGCACCUACAAUGGCGGCAGCAUUUUCCGGCGAGGAUAGAAUAAGAAGAAGAUACAGAGGAGUAAGACAGAGGCCAUGGGGAAAGUGGGCUGCCGAAAUUCGUGACCCCCAGAAAGCUGCUCGAGUUUGGCUUGGCACUUUCGAUACUGCAGAGGCCGCCGCUCGAGCCUACGACGGCGCCGCCUUGCGCUUCCGAGGGAGUAAAGCCAAGCUCAACUUCCCUGAAUUUGUCUCUGUUUUUCCACCGUCGUCUUUGCCGUCAGCCACCCAUUUGGCGUCGUCUCCUGUGGUGGUACCACCGCAAGAUGCCAUCGGAAACUAUCUACAGUAUUCUCGUUUGCUUCCGAACUCUCGCGAAACCUCUAGCCAGCCGGUGCCGGCGUUUGAGAGAGUGCUCUGUAAUUCGCCAUUAGUGAAUCCAUCCUCUUUGGUUUCAUCUUCCGGCGUUUCGAAUUUUCCUUUUCCAUCGUCUGAGCAACAAGUUAGACACUACCUGCCACCGGAAAACCAGAGCCAAGGCAACGGAGGUUCUUCGAUGCCGUUUCCGACGGGAUUCAGCUAUCGUCCUCCGGCAAACGGGUGAUGGUUAAUGAUUGGACCGUUGAAAUCUAGUAGUGCCUACUGCCAUUAAGAUUUGACAGUUCUUUAGUAUUUUUUAAAAAUAUAUAUAUAAUUGUCAAAUGCUAUAAUUCUUUAAAAUUUUUAGGCUAAGAUACACUUUUACUUAAGCAUUUAAUAAUAUACUUGGAAAUUUGUAAUACAUAUUUUUAGGUUUAAAUGGUUUUUUUGUAAUAAAAAAUAUGAACGAAAACGUUAUCAAA